CACAAACGUCAAGGUUAAAAAAAUCUCCGAGCCUGAAUAUUUCUUACCGAGCAGACAGGACCAUCCCUCCGUACCCCAGUGACCCACAGCGGACAGAUCGCGUCCCCAGUCUCCACUCGCGUCGCUAUCGGUGCGCGCGGGCGCUGCUCGCGAGCUCAGCACCAUCACUGUUUGAAUUUAACGGCCGCCGCACGCGGGUCGGUCGGUCGCGUUUUUGCUUUCGAAACAUCCGAAAGCGGAGAGAGACCGCAAGGAAGGUCGGCUGGUUCGGAGGGCGGAGAAAAAGGAGAAGAAUUGAUGUUUGAAGCGUUCGGCGAUGAAUGGUACCGCGCAGCCGGCGCUGGGCAAGGAAGAGCACGUGCUCAAACUGGGCGAGAGCUUCGAGAAACGGCCCAAGAGCUCGUUCCACACCAUCCGCUAUGACUUUAAACCAGCCUCCAUUGACACCUCUUGUGAGGGUGAGCUACAGGUUGGCAAAGGGGAUCAAGUCACCAUAACUUUACCACACAUCCCAGGGUCUACUCCACCAAUGACUGUCUUCAAAGGUAAUAAAAGACCAUAUCAGAAGGACUGCGUACUUAUUAUUAACCAUGAUACUGGGGAGUUUGUGCUUGAAAAGCUCAGUAGCAGUAUACAGGUGAAGAAAACCAGAGCUGAAGGGAGCAGUAAAAUCCAGGCUCAACUGGAAUCACAGGCAGUGCGAAGAUCUCAGCCUUCCUCUCAGUUUAGAGCACCAAAUAAGCCAUGUCCUGGACCAAAAACAUCUCCAACAAAGGACAACCCAUCACCUGAACCACAACUGGAUGACAUAAAAAGAGAAUUGAGAGCUGAAGUUGAUAUUAUUGAACAGAUGAGCAGCAGUAGUAGUUCUUCAGAUUCAGGAAGUUCCUCUGGCAGUGAUGAUAGUUCCAGCAGUGAUGUGGAAAAUGAAGCUCACCCGUCCUCAACACCACCACAGAUGCAACCUCAACAGCAACCUCCCUCCCAAUCCCAAACCCAGCCCCAACAGCAACCGCAACAGCCAUACCAGCAGUACAGUAACAGAAAUGCUGCUACAAAUGGCACCAGCAGACCAGGAAGCAAUCAACUUAUGAGCACACUGAGAAAUGACUUACAAUUGAGUGAAUCUGGAAGCGACAGUGAUGAUUGAAGUUUAAGAAAAUAGACCACUACCUCCACGAUGACCUACCACAGAGAUGACAUCGCUGUAGAAAUUUGCUGAACCAUUAGCUAGAUUAGUUAUUUUUCUGUAAUAACGCAUGUCCUUUCUGCAAUUUUAAUGUCAGAUGUGAGUGUUGGAUAAUUAAUGUACUGCUUUUAAACUUGAAUAUAUAUUUAGCUGGGUUUUCCUAAGUUAAGCUAGAGCAUUUUGGUUUAUUUGUAUAUUUUGUCAGCUGUUCUAAUUUUUUUCUGAAAACUUAUUGAUCAAAUAUAUUUUCAGUGGAAUAUAUGUCAAACUUACAUAUCCAGAAUUGAACAGACAGCUAAGUAUAAACAUUUUGAUUAUGUAUAAAGGCAUUAUUUACCUUGCGUAUUACUAUGAAUCGUACAGGUUUAUAUAUGUAUUAGAUAUCACACAUAGAAGAAAACAAACAAUUCUCUGGGAGGGCCGUGUCCUACAACUACCGAGGUGUUCAUAAACUGACUGAUAUUAAGUUGGUAGUUUAUAUUGGUUAUUGAUAUGAAUCUUUAAUGGAUACUAAUUUGAAUUCUGUCGCUGAAGUCUUUAGUAAGGACUACAAUUUGCACUGAAGACUUUAUUAAUCAGUAGCAGUAUUGCUCAUUUUUUAGAAGUAACUGUAAAAGGUGCUAGGCUGGGUUUUAGUUUCCAAAAACGCCUUUUGGGCACAGUGAUCCGAACAUAAAACAACAAUGUGAACGAAAUCCGUCUGGAACAGCAUUGGUGUCUUAGCAUUUAAUGGAAAAUUAAAUGCUAUGUUAAUUGAGGCUAUCCUGGAAUGUUUAUGUUUCUAUAUAAAAUAGACAGUUCUUACUAUUUAAGCAGUUUAGUGAAAAAUUCUGUAAUCUACAUCCAUAAUUUUUUUUUGUUUUUGAAUUUCUCUCAUUUGAAUUUUUCUAAUUUUGUGUGCAUAAAGUAGAGAACAUUAUUGUUUAUGUCUGAUUUUUCUUCUCCCUAUUCACGAUCAUAGUAUCAUUCGUAAUAUUAAUGAAUGGGUGAGAGAUCUGUUCCCAGAUCUCUGCCAGUAACACUGAACAACCAGUCAUUGGAAACUGUGUCGGGGGAAAGGGGUGCUUUUGGUGACUCAUUUUACUGUUUUUGCACCACUUCCUCUGAACAACUCAUCUAAGCUAAGAACGUCAUCUGCAGGAUAUAUGAUUUGUCCAUGAAUAUCACUCAGGAUUUCCAGAUGAGACAAAUAAAGUGCCAUGCACUGCUUUAAAAUGGUGUAUUGUUUUCCAGA